GCCGGGUGGGGGCAGCGGAGCGGGCGAGGCGCAGUGGGAUCGUGUCCGGCGGCGGCGGCGGGAUGGAGCGGCCCGAGCGGGCUGCGGCGGCGCUGGGUGCUCAGCCCCGCGCCAACGGCUGCGGCGGCGCGGCCCAUGGAGGGCUCCGCAACGGCUACGUGCGCGGCCUGCCCGCGCCCGACACCCAGAUAAAUCACAUCGUGCACAAUGGAGGAUUAUACAAAAGGCCUUUUAAUGAAGCUUUUGAAGAAACACCAAUGCUGGUUGCUGUGCUGACCUACGUAGGCUAUGGUGUUCUCACUCUCUUUGGGUACCUGCGAGAUUUCAUGCGGCAGUGGAAGAUUGAGAAGUGUCAAAAUGCAAUAGAAAGAGAAGAACAAAAGGACUUUGUCCCAUUGUAUCAGGACUUUGAAAAUUUCUAUACCAGAAACCUCUACAUGCGCAUUCGAGACACCUGGAACCGUCCAAUUUGCAGUGUGCCAGGGGCCAAAGUGGACAUGAUGGAGAGAGUUUCUCAUGACUAUAACUGGACAUUCACGUACACGGGUAGAGUGAUAAAAGGUGUUAUUAAUAUGGGUUCCUAUAACUACCUUGGAUUUGCACAAAACAGUGGGACUUGCCAGCAGGCAGCAGCUGAAGUUCUGUCCCGGUAUGGAGCUGGGGUGUGCAGCAGUAGGCAAGAGAUGGGAAACUUGGACAAACAUGAGGAGCUGGAGAAACUAGUUGCCAGAUUUCUAGGUGUGGAAUCUGCAAUGGCAUAUGGAAUGGGAUUUGCAACCAACUCUAUGAACAUUCCAGCUUUAGUAGGCAAGGGCUGUCUAAUUUUGAGUGAUGAACUAAACCAUGCAUCUCUAGUGCUUGGGGCAAGACUAUCAGGAGCAGCUAUUCGAAUCUUUAAGCACAACAAUAUGCAAAGCCUGGAGAAGCUGCUCAAAGAUGCUAUUGUGCAUGGGCAACCUCGAACACGGAGGCCUUGGAAAAAAAUUCUUAUCUUGGUGGAAGGAAUAUACAGUAUGGAGGGAUCCAUAGUCCGUUUGCCUGAAGUGAUUGCCCUUAAGAAGAAGUAUAAAUCCUAUCUUUACCUCGAUGAGGCUCAUAGUAUAGGUGCUCUGGGUCCUACUGGACGGGGUGUAGUGGAGUAUUUUGGACUCAAUCCUGAAGAUGUGGAUGUUAUGAUGGGAACAUUUACCAAAAGCUUUGGAGCUGCUGGAGGAUACAUUGGGGGCAAGAAGGAGCUGGUUGAUUACCUCAGGACUUACUCUCACAGUGCUGUGUAUGCAACAUCACUAUCGCCUCCUGUUGUAGAGCAAAUCAUCACCUCCAUGAAGUGCAUUAUGGGUGAAGAUGGUACAACUUUUGGGAGAGAGUGUGUGCAGCAGCUAGCAGAGAACACAAGGUAUUUCAGGAGACGACUGAAAGAGAUGGGCUUUAUCAUCUAUGGUAAUGAAGAUUCCCCUGUUGUGCCUCUGAUGCUGUACAUGCCAGCAAAGAUUGGUGCAUUUGGGCGUGAGAUGCUAAAGCGGAACAUUGGUGUUGUGGUUGUGGGCUUCCCUGCAACUCCCAUUAUUGAGUCCAGAGCCAGAUUCUGUUUGUCUGCAGCUCAUACCAAAGAGAUGCUUGAUACGGCUUUAAAAGAAAUCGAUGAAGUUGGGGACCUUUUGCAACUGAAAUAUUCCCGUCACCGUUUGGUACCUCUCUUGGACCGGCCAUUUGAUGAGACUACAUAUGAAGAAACAGAAGACUGAGCUCCCUCCAUGUGCCUUGGUGGGAGGGACACACCCCGUGGGACACUCUGUAGCAUGCAGGCUGCAGUCCAUGAACAACACACUUCUGACUGCUUAGCAUAAAAGACAUUUCCUCACAAUACUGAAGUGGCCACAUCAACUCUAAAUGACAUUUUGUAAAUAGAGAGAGGAGAAGAAAAAAAACUUUGAUUCAUGUCUCUUCAGGGUCUGGCCCUAGAGGUGCUCGGCUUUAUUCUUCCUGUUGCUUUAUUUAUUUAUCUGUCUCAGUAAGUUCAUAGCAACCCACAUUGGCUGUGGCUGAUCAGCUCAGACUUUGUGUGCACCGAUAGCCUCCUAGAUGCUGGCUGAGAUGUUGCGAGCAUGUGUGAUGCUGGCAUGGCAGCAUUUCCAGUGUCACUGCUAGGUGUCUGAACUUGCAGUAAGGGGUGAGCUGACCUGUCUGUUGAUUGGAGACUUCCUAGAGAAACUGUUGAUUGCUAACUCUGACAUAUUUAACAAGAUUGAUAAUCAACCAAAGCUUUUUUCUUUUGCAGUUAUUUAAAACUUGAAUAUAGCUUUUUUUAAAUAAAUGUGUUGCUGACAUGUCACUGACAGAACCAUUGUUCCCAAACAUUUAGUUUUACAAACCACAGGCAGCAAGACUUCAGGGGCUCUAACAUACUUUUCCUUCCCAGUAUGGAUACCAGAUUGCCUCCUGGUUUUGACAGUAAUUGUCAUCUUCAUAUAGGGUAAGUGAUGGAGAGAUGUUGUUGUUGUUGUUAGUGAAUUUUAAAAUGGGGAUGAUUUGUCUUUUGUCUGACAUACUUCUGUUUAAAAAAAAAAAAGUAGUUUUAAUGUGUAUUGCUUUCUUGGUUUCUCAUCUUCACAUUACUUUGUCUUUUGCUUUAGAACUAUUAUAAAACCAUGGACAAGCAUAUCUAGUAGCUGCUAGGUUCUAGAAAGAUGUCCUUGGAAUUAAGUAAACUACAGCAAGUGUUCUGCUUCCUGUUAAGACUAGGGCCUCUGAAUAAGCAGACCUACACAAUGGAUUAGAACCACUUAUCUCAUGCAGAUCUGUGAAAGAAUGCUACCCUCUACCGCACUAAUUCACUGUUUCUUGUCAUGUAUGAGAUGUUCUUGUUGUGCAAGGCUUCUAUGCAAAGAGUAUGAACAGCUUGGAUCUGUAUCAAAUGCUUCAGCUAGCCAGCAAAGUCUCAGUUGGUAGCUGCAUAUCAUGUCUAUAUAGGCCUUCCUUGAAGAGCAAAUGUCUUCACAACUGCAAUUAGUUUGAGAUUAUUACUUUUUUGUAUUUCUGUUACUGUGAGGUCAAAUCAAUGUUCACUGAGCCAGUUGCUGUUCAGAAUCUUUUUUUUCCAAAUUCCACACUGUCCUACUCUGAUCAAAGUUUUGAAUAGCCAUCUUUGCUUUAGCACACCUUGGAAAUGGUCUGUAAUGUAGUCAUUGCAUCUUGAGUUCUUUCAGUGAACAGAAUGAGUUGUUGAAGUAAUACCAAAAUAUUACAACCAGGAUCAGUUGCAGUAUAGUUUUUGGUGUGUUUUUUUUCCUUUUUACACACUCAUUUCUUCCAGAAGAAAUCUGGAAAACUAGUAAUGCUUUAACCUUGCAAAAUUUGGGUUUGGGUUAGCACAGUGUUCUUUGCAGGUGGUUGCAGAGGUUUUUAAACAAAUUUUUCAUCUUAAAGCUAAAGCAGAGUGCAGUUCAAAGUAAUGUGGUGGUUAUAUAAGUUAUGUUCACUCUUGCAAGUAACAGGGAAGGAGCUCUUUGGUCUGUUCUGCAAAUACAUCUUGUUGAUUAAAGCAGAAUUGGUUUCUCUUGUACAUAAUAUCUUUGCAUCUUUAUAGAUCUUAUUAUAUGUUAAUGUAGCUGAAAUUAGAAACAUUGUUUUGACUUUUACCAUUGCAUUUCAGAAAUUUAAUUAGAUGAGAAUUAAAACUGCUUUCAGAAUAGGUUUGGGUUAACCACUUCUGUUUCAGUCCCCUAAUGCUGAUUUGCUGGCCUUCUGGAGCAAGGUGCGUGUGCAGCCCAAGAAGUCUGUAACCUGCAUGUGCAGCCUUGCUAGCUGUGGAGUAAUCUCAUUUGUUCAGCCACAGAGGAAACUGCAGUUACAUGAUCUUACUUUAACUUUUGACCUUUCUCACCUGCGUUCUGCCCAGGACAAGCUCUAACAUUCCAGCAGAUGACUUGCUUUCUGACUUGAAGCAGCUUUACCUCAAAGAAUUGUUCUUUUCCUUUCUUGGUUGUAGCAGGGAACAAGAGGAGGUCAGUGCAGGAAUCCCCCUUCCUGACUCCAGUCCUGAUACUGUUGACUCAGUUGUGGAACAGCUUGAGCUGACAAAACCGACUCAGAGACAUAGGCCAUGAGUCAGCAGGGAGCUGUUUCGAGCCUUCUGAAAUGUACAGCAUGCUUGUAUCCGCAGCGUGGUCAGCCGAUUUGAACCUUGUGAUGUGUUAAGUUAGAGGUGGGUUACAACAGAUACUACAAGUCUUAAUCUUGUUUCUGAGAUUCAGUUUUAGGGAAGCUUAUUUUUUGGACAGGAGGAAGAUGGCUGAAUAAAUCUCAAUAAUUCAAAUAACUGCUAUGUAAUGCAUCUGGAACUGUUAGUGUUUUAAAAUUAUAAGUCACCAUGUUGGGGUUUCACUUGUGCUUGCUUGAGGAGAUAGUGUUCAUGCUAAACUUCAGCCCUUUAGUAUAUUUCUGCUGUGUUAUGCUGUCUGCAUAGGACUUUGAAUUAUGGGUUUCAACGACAUUUCAGAAAUCAUUUAGGCAGUUAGUAGCACUUGCAAACUGCUUGGUUACAUUUCAUUGACAUGUUCUUUUGGGAAAGCAACAUUUCCCACCCUAAUAUCCCCAGGAGACUGUUAUUCAGGGGAAGCUGUUUUGCCGAACUCUGGUACCUGAUAAAACUGUUUCUGAAAAGUAAGAAGUUUAGCAUAGAGCACUUUUGUGUAAGCAAUUCACCGAGCAUGAAAGCCAGGAAAAUCAUUUCACACCUAUUGAAAAACUCUGCUCCCACAGGUGAAGGAGCAGACCACGACUGAUUUGUGGUAGGCAAGCCUACAGCAUGCACACUGUCACAGUGGUGUAUAGGGAGGAUUGCUGAUCUGACAUUUAUGUACUGGCUAGAAAUCUGUCUCCAUUCAUUUCUACUGUUAGGACAAAAGAAAAGAACCAAUCUUGAGAGAUCACAAAGGAAGAAAAGCUACUUGAGAAAUAGACUCCAGUCCCUGCCAACUUCUCUGAGACAUUCUAAUUGAAAAUGACUCCUGGUAUUUCUUAAGAGGGACAAAAUUCAAAAGAAAAUGAAGGCUGCUUUUGAACAAAGGAUUUUACCCUGUACUGUACAUUGUCUAAACUUAUUCAUAAAUAUACAAUAGUUACCUUUCCCAUACCUCUCUAAAGAACUUGGCAAGAAAGAUUUUGCCUCUGCUGAGCUGAGUGAAGAGUUCAGAAGCAUUAUUGGUUUUGAAGCUGAUGGUCAUAUUCUUUUAAGAAAAUAGAGACUCUUACUACCCAGCAUCAGUGAAGAGUGAGAGAUCUGCUGUUUGUUAGUAUCUGGCCUUCGCCAGUCAGAGACCUUUGUCUUAAGGAGCCUGAUUCAUAAUUUUUCUAAUUCUUCUUUAGUUCUUUAGCAGAGUGGAAACAAAGUAGGGUGUUUUUUUGUUUGUGUUUGUAACCAAGUAUUCAGGGCUGCUUUUUUUGUUUUUUUGUUUUUUAUACAAGACAUGAACUUAUGUAUAAUAUGUGUAUAAGAUGUAUUUAACUCUUUCUGUAUUUUUUCCUCUUUGACGUAGUAUCUUCAGAGCCAUUCUGGUUCUUGGUUUGAUGGUGUAGUAUGCUUCUGCUUUAGGCAAAAUCUCAGGAGUGAACCAACCAAGCAUCUUAACAUGAUGAAGUCAUUCAGUGAAGGAAUUGCAUCAUCUGUCCUCUUUUACUCUUUUUUUAAGAAUGCAGAAGUGGAUCCUGCUGCACCUUCACAUAGAACAGGAAAGGGGAGUGUUCCAGUGAAAUCAGUGAUCCAGCCCUGUGCUGUGUGGAUGAAGGAAAUCUGACUUCCUGAUACAGCGAGGGUGGAGAAAGGGGUGGUCAGUCAUCAGUAAUUCUCAGCUGUACAGGGAUCUGUCAUGAGUACUGGAACAAGGAUCCUUAAGGUAGGAAUGCAACUUCCAGUGCCCCAAAGGGAUACUUCUCUAAAACUUUUCCAUACCAAGUAAUCAAAUAUUUCCUCUCCUGUGCAAAUAUUUAUUUCAUUACCUCCAAAGCAUCCUUUACUUAUUCCUGUUUUCUCGACAGAAGCCAUUUUAUCUAUUCAGACAGAUCAUAGGAGAGGUUAGAGGAAAGCCGUGAGCAUGAGCUAUUUCAUGUGAGAGAACAGUUUGCGGCAUUGUAUCUGGAGUGCAUAAGCUCCCUCAGUUUGUCGCAGAAUUGAACUUGUGCAGAUUUAUUCCAUUGUAAACUGCUCAGUGAAAAUGGCUGCAGUUCAUACCCAGCCUGUGAAAGCCAGGCUCACUGGGGUCUGUGUGGGUUGCAGCUUCUGUCUGGAGCUCAGAGGUGGUUGUGAUCUAUUCUAAUGGUGGUGAAGCACUGAGCUGUCAGUGAAUGCCUCAUACUCGCCCCGCAGCAGGGGAACUGCUUGGCUUCAGUGCUGCACCUGGUGUUGGACCACCAGCUGGGAAAGCACCAGGCGUAUGGCUUGUGUUACUUGAGCGUGGUUUUAAGAGGAAGAAAAUGAAACCCAGAACCUCACAUGUCAUUGUGAUGGCUUGUGUUCCUGCAAGCAUUCCCUGUCUUGCAAGUGGUUUGCCUGUUCAAGGGCUGGGAUGUGAAUUUAGAGCACAGCCAUGUUUGUGAGUGCUGUGCUGUGCUUUAUUUUUGACUGAGGUGUUUGGUGCAGACACUGCUUACAUCCCCAGAAGGAGCAGGUGUAGGAGUUGACGACUGUGGUGUGUGUUGAAGGCCUUAAACUGUGACUCUUGGUAUGAAGAAUUAAAUUUAAAACUGACCUUGAAAGAUGCAGUGGAUUUUAACCCAGAGAAGAAUACUCUGUGCUCUUAGCUAAGCAAUAUGUGCUUCUGUUUCCUUGAGGGAGAGGUCCAGCUCUGCUUUCUGAGCCCAGCCAGUAGCUGCUGAGGAGCAGGGAGAUGUCUACUGACGGCCAAAAACAGUGCAGCUCUGCACUAAUGUUCACAUGUAGCAAACAUUGGUGACUGACCCUGGGCUGCUGUGAGCACGAGGAUAACUGAGAGGGGUGGGGAUGUCAGCAGUAGCAGCAGCUUGCAACGAUUUGAGGAGGUGACCGAGUCUUACCUGAGAUUGUCACAGGUUGGUGUAGUUCCAGAAAUACCCUCGGUGAUGUAAAAUGUGCACCAAAGCAGCUGAUUUUUUUUUUUGCCAAAUUUCAUGCUGUCCUGACAGCGUUUCUGCUACCCCCUAAUGAUGUACUGAGCUAACUACAGCCCAGCCUUCUGCUAUUAGAACAGCGAGAGAGGUGAGCAGCACUGGAGCCUGAGGCUUUGGGCUGACGGCCCAAAGCCAAUGGUGGCCCACGUUUCCACGAGCCCUGGGCAGCAUUAGCGAGUCACGGCACUUAAUUCUGAAUUGCACUGUGUUCUUAUGCCUCUGUGUUGCUAUAAUGUACAUAUCUAUCAGAUUCUUUUGUAGAUAAGACAUUUUAGAUAAAAAAAUUUUUAAAUGGGCUCCCCCCCAAAUAUUUUAUGCCAGAUGUCUAGUUUUUUUUACACUGGGGAUUAACAUGAGGUUGGAUGCUCUGUGGGCAGGGAAAGGAUAAGUGGAUGGUACAUUGGCUUUAAAAAGGUAACAAUGCAUGUUUUAAAAGAAAAAUGGAGGAAAAAAAAGUGCUUGGAAAAAAAAAUCCAUUCAAUUGUAUUCUAUGUUCUGCAUAAUAAAGAGUUUAGAAAGAAA